AUGUUACUGUGUGAUAAAACGUAUUUUUCUCUUGUAGACGAAGAAGUUGUUGUCGUCUUGUGAUUACAGGUGAAGGUGCAAAGGUCAAGAAUGUAGGGAUGAACCAUUAACGCUAGCAAAGGGCUUUCCCAAAACAAAUAACAACAACAUCCCCACAGCAGUUAAGUCUUUUUAGUCUAUAGAAUAUAUGUAUAACAAUGAAAGUAGAAUCUGAGCCUCGUUUGUUGAAAAAUACGCAUUUCUUUGACUUUUGAUAGUUUUGUUUGUGAUUAUUGGUUUGUCCCCCUUUAGUGAUUGGUCAUGCUGAUGACCCGAGGCGACACCGCCAACAUGGCUGCGCGAUUUGAAAGUCUCUUUGUUUUAGAGCAAGUUUGAACACGUUCCGCCGCCUGACGCUACAGAAAUACCAGAAAGAGGCGUUACACCGUAACGCCACCACACCUUCUUCCAAUGUGGUAAACUAUCUUUCAUAAAUAUUAGCGAAAAUGUGGAGAUUUUCGGUACAGGGACUGAUCUUUUGCGAGCUCGUUUUGCAAGCUGUUGUUUUGGCGACGACGCUUAACUUCGAGGUGAAUUCUGGAGAUGCGGAGAAGGGCAGAACCCAGCUAGCCGAGAUCAGGAAGAGAAGUGAAGACCCCAGGUACGGGACAUGUUGGACCACGGCCCUGGCGAGGGUCGAAACCGGCUGCAAACGGUUAACAGAUGACGAGCAGAGUCGGAUGGCCAUAGCCUUUGCGAACUGCCAUCUGGCCAAGUCAGGCAAGAGAGAUUACGCGUGCAAACCUGGGCAAACCAUACAGGAGUGCACGCAGGAUAUGGAUGACUUGGCUUUCUCAACCUACACAGAAUUCUUCACGCAUACGCAAAAUAUCUGCUUCUUUUUGCAAAACCAGGUCUGGCAGGAAAGCACAGAAAGAACUGUCUCAAUGUUGGCUGACAACUCAGACAAAGUAGCACACAAACUGGAGUUGACAGCAGAGAUGCAGGAGAUGGUCAUCGCUCGACAGAACGCCUCUCUCAAGAAGCAAGAAGACAUCUUAAGACAUGAGGAGGCCUUGAGGAAAACUCUGAAGAGCUCCACUGAGAAUGUACAGGCAGCCUUUGAUCAGAUGAAGCAGUCAGCCAGGGAGCAAAGGGCUCUGUUUGGGGAGGUCUUUGGCAGGAUAGAAGACCUCCAGGCCAUGGUGCUGGGAGAGUUUACAGGGUUCUACACGCUGGUGUUCAUCACCCUGUCUGCCAUCAUCAUCUACAUGCUGACCUCCACACCCCGCACCAGCAGUGCUCGCUUCUGGAUGUUCCUCAUCCUGCUGCUGAACGCCGGCAUGGAGAGACUCAUCGCCAACAGAACUGUACUGGAGACAGAUGGGCAAAGUGCUACUGAGCUUGUGUACGAGCGUCUCUGGUUCUGUCGUAAGUUCUUCUGCAUGGUUGCCAUGACAGUGCUGGCUGUGUGUAGCUACAGGUAUAAAGACUACAACAAGAUCAACAAUGACCUUCUUCUGAAGAUAGAACAGCAGAACAAACAGCUGCAAACUGCCCUCUGCAAAAUACAGACCAGUCCCCUGGGCAUGUUUGCAGGAGGAGGAGAUGGUAAGGAUGAGGUGGAUGCAGGGGAGAGGGACUUUGAUAUAUCAGAUGCAGAUGACGACACCUUCCAUGGCUCCGAUGACAGUGACUCUGAUGAUGCUGAAUCCAUGGCAACAAGCAACAGUCGCAGGACGAGUAGGACAGGUAACACCAUCUCAUUACUCACUGAAAAAAUUGAAAUCCUUCAGGAAGGAAUUUUAAAGGCUUUUCUGACAGGUACCCCAGUAGUGAACAUUGCCACAGGACUGUUUACACCAAUCCAAGCUGACCAGCCUCACGUGGCCACAGUCAAGCCAGAAGACUUCCAAACCCCCGACAGACCCCCAAGCAGAAACAGCGAGGACAGUGCAAUUGGGUCAGGUCCAGAGCCAGAGCCUGGUCCCUCGUCCCCCACUGUACGGAGGAGAAUAGGCCGACCCAAGGGUAGCAGGAACCACAGGGAGAGUACACCCAGCAUAGAGGACAGGGUUGUGAGCCCUGGCAGUCGGUACAACUUGCGCACCAGGAGGACCCCCCAGCCCAACCCCGUCACCACCCAGGAGUCCCCCCGGAGCUUUGCGCGGAAGGUGCACACUCUCGCCCGCAUCGCCAGACACAACAGCCACGUGCUGCGGAUGACACGUGAUGAUGACGGUGACGACAAACCCACGGGCACCGUGCCCAAGUUCUUCUCAUCAGACGAGGAUGACUGAAGCGCACCUAUCAAUGUUAACCCCAUGACAUGUUUGGAAGUUGUUUUUUUACAACUUUGUACAGUCAAGCUGUGCAUUGAGCAAUUUGUAAACUGCAAUCCGUUUUGAGCAGUAUUGUUGCAUGAGUGUUGCAAGGCAGAUUCAAUGUCUCUGUUCAUUGUAACUGGUAACCCUGUGUACAUGAACAUUUUUCAGCAUUGACUUGACUGUACACCUAUCUUCAUGCUGUGCUUUGUACAUUGCUGGUACUGGUAGUGCUAACAGUUCCAUAAAUUCUGUUAUGAAACCUUGAAGUUGUCUAAUCGGAAGGUAUGGUAAGAGUUUUACUUCUCAUCUUAAGAUAUUUGACAUUUCAAAAUAUGUAUGAAGAGAAACAAACAGGUGUGGGCAUUUGCUGUGACAUUGUGCAAGUCUUAUUUAUUGUUACCCUACCCUUUCAAUGCAGUGCCUUGUACACAUUCACUUACAAACAGACACACAAACAAAUUCUGUGGGAACUUCCCACUAGUGCCUGUUUAAAGUACUAGUGAGUUUUAAGUACUAGUUUAACUAGUAACUGUUUCUUGUGAGACCUUUAUUGGUUUUUCAACAUGUUUUCCUAAUCUUCAUUCCUUACAAAUGUGCAAUCUAACUAGUUUGUAAGUACUUACACUCUCAAAGGGUCCAACAGUUCUUUUAUAUUCAUAUAACCAAGAACCUCACUGCCAGGUAUUUUAAGCAUUUAUAAGAUCACAGUGGUGACAACUUUUAUGGCUUGUUUAGACUUGUAUGUUUUUAAAGUAGUUUGAAAUGUUGGUUGAAUAGGUGGAUAUUGGCAUUAGUGUGUAUUUUAUUUUGUAGUUGAGAAAAGUAGUUCCAACAUAGAGCUCAUGACAUGUAACAGUGCCUUUGAAAGGUUUGGCCUACACUGGACACGAACUAUGAAAUCCUAUUUUAGAAGUUGUGCCUUAUAUCACCAAUACUUUAUCAACCUUUUAUAGAUAUCUUUUUAUACUCCAUUGAUUCAACAUUGUUCACUUUCCAUGGGACUGCAUGGUUACUGUUGAGUAGAC